GUCGAGCCGCCGGGAAGGAAGCAGUUAUCUCUAGCGUCUGGGGCGUCAGGGCCGAGCAGGCAGCUGGUUGGCGCUAGGACGUCGGUUGCAGCGGCAGGUCCCACCACGUGCUUUCGGCGGCGACAUGGAGCUGGAGGAAUUGGGGAUACGAGAGGAAUGCGGUGUGUUCGGCUGCAUCGCCUCAGGAGAGUGGCCCACGCAGCUAGAUGUGCCGCAUGUGAUCACCCUGGGACUCGUGGGGCUGCAGCACAGAGGCCAGGAGAGUGCUGGUAUUGUGACCAGUGAUGGACUUUCAGUACCAAUAUUCAAAACACACAAGGGAAUGGGUCUUGUAAAUCAUGUCUUUACUGAAGACAGUUUGAAGAAAUUAUAUAUUUCAAAUCUUGGAAUUGGACACACGAGGUAUGCCACUACAGGAAACUGUGAAUUAGAAAAUUGUCAGCCGUUUGUUGUUGAAACACUUCAUGGGAAAAUAGCAGUGGCCCAUAAUGGCGAAUUAGUAAAUUCUACCCGAUUAAGGAAAAAGCUUCUGCGUCAUGGUGUUGGUCUAUCAACAAGUUCUGAUAGUGAAAUGAUUACCCAGUUAUUGGCGUAUACCCCUCCUCAGGAGCGAGAUGACACCCCAGACUGGGUAGCAAGGAUUAAAAACUUAAUGAAGGAGGCUCCCACAGCAUACUCCCUGCUUAUCAUGCACAGAGAUGUUAUUUAUGCGGUACGAGAUCCUUAUGGAAAUCGUCCUCUAUGCAUUGGUCGUCUUAUUCCUGUAUCUGAUAUAAAUGGAAAAGGGAAAAACCCCUCAGAAACGGAAGGAUGGGUGGUGUCUUCAGAAUCUUGUAGCUUUUUAUCUAUUGGUGCAAUAUAUCACCGUGAAGUCUUGCCUGGAGAAAUUGUGAAAAUAUCCAGACACAAUGUCCAAACACUUGAUAUUAUAUCAAGGUCUGGAGGGAAUCCAGUGGCUUUUUGUAUCUUUGAAUAUGUUUAUUUUGCGAGACCAGAUAGUAUAUUUGAAGGUCAAAUGGUUUACACAGUGAGAUAUCGCUGUGGUCAGCAGCUGGCAAUUGAAGCGCCUGUGGAUGCAGAUUUGGUCAGCACUGUUCCGGAAUCUGCCACGCCCGCUGCUCUUGGUUAUGCAAAAAAGUGUGGACUUCCAUAUGUGGAGGUGCUAUGUAAAAAUCGAUACGUAGGAAGAACCUUCAUUCAGCCAAACAUGAGGUUAAGACAACUUGGUGUUGCAAAAAAAUUUGGAGUAUUGUCAGACAACUUUAAAGGCAAAAGAAUUGUUCUUGUAGAUGAUUCAAUUGUGAGAGGGAAUACUAUCUCGCCCAUAAUAAAAUUGCUCAAAGAAUCUGGUGCAAAAGAGGUACACAUUCGAGUAGCUUCACCACCAAUUAGAUUUCCAUGCUUCAUGGGAAUAAACAUUCCCACAAAAGAAGAGCUUAUUGCCAAUAAACCGGAAUUUGUUCAUCUCGCAGAAUAUUUAGAUCUUGAACACUAUUCUAAAUAAUAAGAGUGCCUGGCAUGUGUAGACACCACGCAACAUACGUAGACAACAGCUGUGUUGGAGAGCAAGACUAAGGUGAGAUCAAAGGAAGAAGAAAGACUUCCAGGAAAUGGUGGCUCUUGAACUUAGGUUAGGUUGGGGAAAUGAGGCUUUCCAGGUAGAGGGAACUGCAAGUACAUUACUGAAAGUCUCCCAAAGGUCAGAUGCCAAGAAAAACAGAAACAAUUCUACCACAGAUCCCAGUAGAAUAAUUUGAAUGUGAAUAUAAAUCAAAAAGUAAAAAGCUUAUGUAGGCUUACCAGAAGACUUGGAGAUCCAUGUUAUUCUGGAUAAGACUGCAUCCUUUCAGAAUCAGGUAAGGUCUCACAUAGAUAUUCAGCCAGUGUGCACUGCUUGUUUAUGGCUGGCAUUUAUUUUGCCUAGUCAUACCUAUGCCUUACCUGUUAACAUUUUGAAUGUUACUCUGAUGGUUAGCAUAUUGUGAGCACUCACUAUUGCCAGGAACUAACACGCUUUAUCUGUAUUAUCAUAAUAAUGUCAUAAAAAACCCUACACUUAUGCAGUGUUUUCCCCAUUUACAGAUGAAAAAAUACAUUUAGAAAAGAGAAGUGAGCUUGAGCUUAAUUUUGAACCCCAGUAUUCCUGAUUUCAAAAUCUAUUUUCUUAAUGAAGAAAAUUACUUGGAAGUUUUCUAAGUCCAUCCUAGAUUAGAAGCUUCCACUGCUAUUUUAAAUUGUUGUCCCCUAACCAAUUAAAAUUUUUUAAAAAGGCCCUAAUUUUUGUUUUUAAUUUUUCUUUUUAAAGAAAAGCCAAAAGAGAAAAUUUUAUCCUGGCUUAAGAUUUUCUUUUUGGAACUAUUCUCUGUUGAGGCACUUCCUACUCUCUAAAGGAGUCUCAUAACCUUUUUAUUUUUCCUUCUCUUCCCUUAUAGGAGCAAACAGUGUUGUGUAUCUGUCAGUAGAAGGACUGGUUUCAUCUGUACAAGAAAGAAUAAAGUUUAAAAAACAGAAAAUAGAAAAGCAGGAUAUUAUCAUUCAAGAAAAUGGAA